UGGCUUAAACACAGGUCAUUUUGUCAAAGCUCCAUUGUCGCUUCCGGUGUGUGUGUUAGUGUGUUACCAGCUGAGUUAUUCACACAGAGGUUAUUUGAAGAGAGGUGAAACUUCUAGGGGUUUCUGCAAAUUUGUGAAUACAAUCUUCCAAAUGGAAGAGACAAAAGAAAGCUUGAUAUUUAAAGGUGUUGCUGAGAGACUGACGCUUGGCAUUACUCGAAUACUCGAGAACAUGCCUGGUGUGGUCGAUGUGCGUUUUGUAGAGAGGGAGCCUGCAGAGAAGAGGAGCCUUCUGUCAUGGGAACAGAAAAACACUUGUAUUUUGCCAGAGGACCUGCGAGAUUUCUAUCUAACAACCGAUGGAUUUACACUAACCUGGAGCGUUAAACUAGACAGUGAGUGUGUUCCCCUAGGAUUGAUGACGAUUAACAGUGUGGCCAGGCUGUGCCCACUCCUCCAACCAGUAUCAUUAUUUUCUCUACCCAAUGCACCAUCACUGGCUGACCUGGACUGGGAAGAGAACACAGAAUGUGGGACAGGCCAUGCUCCCGCUGCACCCCAUUUUGAUUCCCGUUGCCGCAUCUUCGAGCUGGAUUCCUGUGGUGGGAAUGGCAAAGUGUGUCUAGUCUACAAAAACUGCACUCCAGGUGUGGUAGCCCAGCAGAGUGAAAUUUGGUUCCUAGACCGCUCGCUGUGUUGGCAUUUACUGACGGCAACCUUCACCUCCUACUACCGACUGAUGAUCACCUACCUGGGUCUGCCUGAGUGGCAGUAUGCCUUCACCCCAUAUGGCCCUAGCCCCCAGGCCAAGCAGUGGGCAUCACUGUACCAGCCACUGACUUUUAGCAGUGAACUCAGCUCGGCUGAUCCUGCUGGAGAAUACCAUCUCAACAAGCUGGAUCCUACAAAGGCCUUCAAAGGCAAAGCCAAGCUACCCGUCCCCAAGAAGAAGCAGUCCACACUGUGCAGCUCAGGGAGCACUGCAAAGAGCCAAGGCAGCGCAGGAAGACACAGUGGGGGAAAGCGCUGAAUGUUUCCACCCAAGGAGACUUCCCCCCCACCUGUCAAAUGACAUUAUGUUGGCCUGUCAUACAUUACAAAACACAAGAAACAUAAUGCUUAUCACCAUUUUUCAUCCAUUCACAUUGAUUUUUUUCCUUUUCCAGCAAACUGCAUGACCAGUAGAUUUGUUAUUCAAAGCCUCAUAACAGAGAUACUAGUGACACCUGGUAAAAAUUACUUCUGUUCUUCUGACGCUCGACAAAUAAUCCUGACAAAGUAAAAAACUGAACUACUGCUGUAACCAAUGAGUACUUACUAAUACUCAAUAAGGACAGUUUGUAUUCUUAGUUACUACCACUAGGCUUGUUUUGCUGCUGCUGUAAAUAUUAAUAUUUGAAUGUAUCAUACAAACAUAUGUAUACAAUUUGAAAAGAAGUGUGAAAAUGGCUAAACAACACAUUUAUCUGACUAAAACUGAAGGAAACUGGAAGAAUGAAAAUAAUACUGUUUGUUUUUUAGUUGUGAAAAAAUGAUCACAAGUGAAAACAAUUGAGUGAAAAUGUUAAUGCCGAUACGGAGCAUCAGUGUUGAAAGUGCUGUAUCUGACACCUCCAGAACUUCAACUUCAAACGUUCCAUGACUUCAGAGUGCAAUCAAUUCUGAACCUUGAAAUGUAAUGUAUUAUCAAAGACUGAAAAUAACCAUCAAGCUAGGCUUCAGUGAAGUAAGUUACUCACUGGCCAUUGUAUUUCUGCAGUGCCUCACUGAAUGUAAACUUCACAAUCAUAAAAAUAUGCUAGACUAGGCAUGUGAUUCUUUGACUAAUGAAGUCUGCUCUGACAACAGUGAAAAGGUUAUAUCUCAGCUUAUCAGAGAUAAAAAUGUGCUAGCUUUAUAAAUUUAGGGCUCUUGAUACCAAAAGGACACAGCUGAGCAGAUUUACACUUUUGUUGAAAUGCUUUGGAACUUCUACACAGUUUAUCAAAACACAUUUACACUUUUUAGUUGCCGCAGUGCACUGGAUCGUUGAAAAGAUUAAUGUGUAUAUUAUCUUUAGUAGUGCUGCUGCUCUUUCAAGCUGUGAUUAGCCAAAACCUACUGUAUAUUUCUUAUUUUCCAAAACAUACAGUACAUGUUUAAGUGCAAUUAAUGGGAACAGUUUGCUUUUCUUUACAUACACUAGUUUCCAAGCUCAUGUAAGUGUUCUCAUGUUAUAAUGAAUAUGUAUGGUGUCUUCCAAGGUUACAUCAGCUGUUAUCUCAAUAAUAAACAUGAAAUAUAA